AUGACUGACGACGAGCUGUCUGCCUUGGUGGUGGAUAAUGGGUCAGGGAUGUGCAAAGCAGGCUUUGGUGGUGACGACACUCCCCGAGCUGUGUUCUCCAUGGUAGGCAUAGGCCAGAAGGACUGCGACAUGCGGGAUGAGGCCCAGAGCAAGAGAGGCAUCAUGACCCUGAAGUAUCCCAUUGAGCACGGAGUGGUCACCAACUGGGACCAUAUGGAGAAGAUCUGGCACCACGCUUUCUACAACGGGCUCUGCGUGGCACUGGAUGAGCAUCCCAUCCCCCUCACCAAGGCAUCCCUCAGCCCCAAGAUCAACCAGGAGAAGACUCAGAUCAUGUUCAAGGCUUCCAACACACCUGCCACGUAUGUGGCUAUCCAGGGGACCCCAGGCAUCAUGACGGAUUCCAGAGAUGGGGUCAAUCACACUGUGCCCACCUACAAAGGCUAUGCCCUGCCCCAUGCCAUUCUUCGUCAGGAUCUGGCCGGCAGAGACCUCCUGAAGAUCCUAACAGAACGAGGCUACAACUUUACCACCACAGCUGAGCGGGAGAUUGUUCGCGAUGUCACAGAGAAGCUGUGCUACGUGGCCCUGGACUUUGAGUAAGAAAUGGUCAGUGCUGCUUCAUCCUCCUCACUGGAGAGAAGCUACGAGCUUCCCGAUGGGCAGGUGAUCACCACUACGAAUGAACGCUUUCAAUGCCCUGAAGCCAUUUUCCAGCCCUCCUUUCUGGGCACUGCGUCCAGUGGGAUCCAUGAGACAACGUUCAACUCUGUCACGAAGUGCGAUGUGGAUAUUCGCAAGGAUCUGUAUGCCAACACCAUGUGCUCUGGAGGCAGCACUAUGUACCCUGGCACUGUUGACUGGAUGCAGAAGGAAAUUGUAGCCCUGGCACCCAGCAACGUGAAAACCAAGAUCACCCCUUCCCCCCCGGAGCGGAAGUACUCCGUUUGGAUUGGGGGCUCCAUUCUGGCCAGCCUGUCCACAUUCCAGCAGAUGUGGAUCAGUAAGCAGGAGUAUGAUAAGGCUAGUCCUCCCAUCAUCCACAGGAAAUGUUUCUGA